GUGGCGUGCCUCGUCAACCUGUGCCCGAGGGACGCGGCGACGCGCGAGGUGGACUCGCACUGCUUUCAGACGGUCGCGCACGAGUGCGUGGGGGCGUUCGCGGCGUGCGCGGGGUUGGACGUGUACCGCCGACGGAUCACGGGGCGGUCGAAGGCGCUGGGGCUGGAGUACGGGGACGGAGAGGAGGGGGACGAGGUGGAGGAUUUGCGCGCGGCGUUGGCGGCGGCGAAACGCGAGCGACCGGAUGUGAAUAGCGUGUGCUCGGGGGCGAUACUGAGCGAUUAUCAGCGGUUGCGGGUGGAAGCGGUGUGCGCGAGCCUGGGGCUGACGUCGUUGGCGCCGCUGUGGCGCGUGGAACAGCGAGAGGUUUUACGGCGGGUGGAGGCGGAGGGCGUCGACGCGCGUCUGGUCAAGGUGGCGGCGAUGGGAUUGGAUCCGGGGAAACACUUGGGGAUGUCCAUCGCGGACGCGAGGGAGACGCUGAUUAGGGUUGAAGAUGAGUACGGGUCGCACUGCGCGGGCGAAGGCGGGGAGUUUGAGACGCUCGUGGUGGAUUGUCCGAUGUUCGCUCGCGCGAGUUUGGCGAUUACGGAGACGAGGACGGUGAAGACGAGCGAAGAUCGAUUCGCGCCGAGCGGUCACUUG